UUCAUCGUCACCACCAGCACCACCGAUCCCAAUUCUCCGCUCCACACCCACAAUGUCCUCCGCCGUGUUUGCUCACAUCGCUCGUGCGAGCCGAAUGAGCAAUACGCUGCGCUGUGCGCGGCCGAUGCGCGCUGUCCAGCUCUCGCAGACCCAGUUCAAGCCGGCAACCUCUGCUUUCUCGACCGCCAGCAGAAGACUCUCAGGCCACGAUACGCAUGAAGAAAGCUUUGAGGAGUUCACUGCCAGGUACGAGAAGGAGUUCGACGGUGUCCAGGAUGUCUUCGAAUUGCAGCGAAACCUAAACAAUGCAUUUGCCUACGACCUCGUGCCCUCCCCAUCCGUCAUUGCUGCCGCUCUCCGUGCCGCGAGGCGAGUCAACGACUUCCCGACCGCUGUGAGAAUAUUUGAGGGCAUCAAGGCGAAAGUGGAGAACAAGGGCCAGUACGAUGAGUACCUUCAAGAACUGUCUGGCAUCCGGGAAGAGCUCGGCAUUAACCUCAAGGAGGCUAUGUACCCAGAGUCUGCGUAAGGUGGGCGCAAGAUGAUGAAGAAGGGUGUGUCAAUAUAGAUGGGAAUGCCACAGGCGGCUGGUGGGGGAGAGGCUGGCGCAGGUUGAAGCAACAACAGGAGUUACAAUGCAGAGCACUGGUGCAGUCGGCAUGCUCUGCUAUGCUACAAUAGCCUCACUCAACAGAUUUGUACAGUUUUC